AUGCCUCCACCAGUACCCGAGGCCGUGGGACACCCCAUGGUUACGCGACGCAAGGCCGGCGUGGUCAAGCCGAACCCGCGCUACACCAACAUUGCGGAAGUCGACACUGUCCCAUGCUCGGUUCGUGCCGCGCUCCGUGAUCUAGAAUGGUUCGCGGCGAUGCAAGAGGAUUUCAAGGCGCUCCAGGACAACGGCACUUGGGAGCUUCUCGGCUUCAUCCCCGCCAAGUCCGACAGCUCCCUCUUCGUUCUUCAUUGUGGCGAUGCCGAAGCUCAUCUACUGCUGUACGUCGACGACAUUGUCCUUGCUGCCUCUUCGACGGAGCUACUUCACCAAAUUAUUGAUCAACUCCGUCUUGAGUUUGCCAUGAAAGAUCUUGGACCCGUCCACUUCUUUCUCGGCAUUCAAGUGCGGCGCACGGCGACUGGCUUCUUCCUGUCCCAGGUCCAAUAUGCUGAGGACGUCCUCGAUCGGGCCGGCAUGGCGAACUGCACACCGGCUUCCACGCCAAUUGAUGUCAAGGGCAAGCUCUCCUCCAGCACAGGCCAGCCAGUGACUGAUCCGACGUUCUACCGCAGCAACGUCGUGGCACUCCAGUAUCUCACUCUCACGCGGCCAGACAUCACCUACGCCGUGCAGCAAGCAUGUCUCCAUAUGCAUGAUCCAAGAGAUGUGCACUGGACUUUGGUGAAACGCAUCCUUCAGUACGUUCGCGGCACCGUUGGACAAGGUCUCCAGCUUCGACGUUCAUCUUCCCCGACGCUAGUUGCCUACUCGGACGCCGACUGGGCAGGAUGCCCAGACACGCAUCGCUCGACAUCGGGCUUCUUUGUCUUCCUCGGUGACUCUCUGGUGUCAUGGUCUUCCAAGCGGCAGGCCACUGUCUCGCGUUCAAGUGCGGAGGCCGAGUACCGUGGCGUGGCAAACGCAGCAGCCGAGUGCUGCUGGCUUCGACAUCUUCUCGACGAACUCCACGUCAAGGUCGACAAGGCGACUCUCUUGUACUGCGACAAUGUGUCUGCCGUCUACCUGACGGACAACCCCAUUCAUCAUGGGCGCACAAAGCAUAUCGAGCUUGAUGUGCACUUUGUCCGGGAGAAGGUUGCCAUCGGGGAUAUCCGCGUUCAUCACGUUCCGACGCGCCAGCAGAUCGCCGACAUCAUGACCAAGGGCUUGUCUAGGGCAUUGUUCGAAGAAUUCAGGUCCAGUUUGUGCCUCGACGACGACGCACGAACUGUGGGGGGUGUCAAAGUGGCUAAACCCAUUGUAUUGUACCGGCUAGUCUUUGUUAUGGCUCAGCCCUUGGCAAUCGCCACGAUCCGGUUUUCACGGUGA